CCGGCAAUGAACUUCGUUUUCAACAAUUGUAACGUCACCUUGAAUGCACCUGGUGGCCAGGGCCAAAACCGGCAAAAAAAACCGGUGAAAUUGCCCUGGCGCGGUGUCGCCAAGGGCAAAGGGAAGCCGAAGGCCUGGAAGCCGAGGGCCUUUAAGCCGAACGCGAAGCGCGUCCCUGUGACAAAGGAGGCCGCCCUGGCUGAGGCAGCACCACCACCACCGCCACCAACACCACCAACACCACCAACGCCACCACCCUCAUCGCCAUCCCCCCAAUCUCCAAUGGAGGAGUUGAGGGGAAAAUUCACCAACAAUAAAAUAUAA